GGGAGGGGGCGCCCGCCGCCGCCGGGCGCGGACGGGGAGGCGACAGCCGGCUUUGCGGCGCCCUGCCGCCUCCUGCCGGCGGCACCGGCCCCCCGCCCCGGCUGGGCCCACGCUGGGGGCGGUGUGGGGGCGGGAGUUGGCCGUGAGGCGAGGAGGGAGCGAGGGGCGCGGGCCGGGCCUGGGUGUGGUCUCCUGAGCCGGCGGCGGUCCGGUACAGGGCACCGACGCGAAAGGGCUUCUCUUGCAGCCGGUAGCUCUCGGGAGCUGGCUUCUAGUAAGUUGGUCUCCGCCGGGUUUGGCUCCACCCGCCACUGGAAGCCGAGUGGCGGAGAGGAGUUUGCGGAAAUGAAUUCAGCAAAGAACCGGCAUCCCAGAGGUGGAGAAGGGUGUCUCUGCUAUUGUUGUGCCACCUUGGAGAGUUCUGAGAACUAAAAGUUGCAGUAGCCCUCAGAAGCUACGUGAAAUUCAGCCUCUUCCUGUCUUCUGCAGGUGGUUCCACUCUCUGGAAACUCAGCAUCACUUUUGUGUUGUAUUCUCCAAUGCAGCGUCCUCCCUCCUCUCUUUAUAGGCUUGCACAGAAUUUCCAAAACUUGUAUGGUUUUGAAUUCGAACGAAAGACUAGAAGUCAGAAUAAUCUUCACAUUUCUUUGAAUAAGAAGUAAUAAUGCAACGAAGGCAAGGAAGAGUCAAUGCAGGACUGCUUUUGCUGCUUUAUCAAAUUUCUCAAGUUGGACUCCAGAACAUUCCUUCUGUUACCCUUGGGGUGCUUGCGCUGAAUAUUUUUCUCUUUCUGAAUCCUGUAAGGCCACUGUCUGAAGUGUGCAUCAGUGUAAAGGAAGGCUUCUACAGAAAGAACUGGCAGCGUUUACUGCUUUCUCCUGUCCACCAUGCAGAUGACUGGCAUUUAUAUUAUAACAUGAUUUCCAUGCUUUGGAAGGGGAUAAUGCUAGAAAAAAAGCUUAAGAGCAUAUGGUUUGCAUACAUAAUUGCAGUAUUUUCAGUGUUGAUUGGAGUUGUCUAUAUGAUGCUGGAAUUCAUGCUUGUGAAAAUUCUGGAUGAUCCUUCGUAUGAAAUGAAUUGUGCUGUAGGCUUUUCAGGAGUCUUGUUUGCUUUGAAAGUUCUCAACAAUCAUUACAAUCCAGGAAGAGUCAGCAGUGUCCUUGGAUUGCAGAUAUCCAGUAAAUAUGCUUGUUGGGUGGAGCUGGUGGCUAUUCAUUUAAUUUCUCCAGGGACUUCUUUUGCUGGGCAUCUGGCAGGGAUUCUUGUUGGAUUGAUGUAUACUAUGGGACCUCUGAAAAAGAUCAUGAAAGCCUGUGCAGGUGGCAUUUCUUCAUUCACUGACCCUGCCAGGCCAAGGGACUACUACUAUUCAGACUAUUAUGGCUCUCCAGGUUACCAAUACAGAGCGCCAAGGAGCUAUUAUGAUUAUACAGGUGGGCUCACUGAAGAAGAACAGCUGGAAAGGGCAGUGCUAAACAGUCUUAAUGAAAGAGAUUUUGGUGGAGCAACAUAUAAUAAUGAGCGGCGACCUUACGGCUUUUGGUUUCCACCUGAGCAGCAUUCAGAAGAGGAAAUAAGAAGACAAAGGCUUCGGAGGUUUGAGAGACGAUGAAACCGGCAGGUGUUGAUGUAAAUUGUAAAGUGCUAUUCAGAGUUACCAAAAUAUUUGCAGAUUUAUUUGUAAUCUGUAACUGCAAGGUUUAUUUGUAAUAUUUUUCCAGGUUUUUUACAACUAGUUGCAAAACUGCAGAGGCUUUUGUGAGUUCAGGAUCAAAAUUGGAACUUGCAUAAAAAGUGUGAGAUAGGAAUCAAAAUGUGAUCUUUGGCACUCUCCAUCUUAAUGCACCUUAAAUAUGGAAGAAGACUGAUGGUUUUGCCAAACUCUCUUUUUUCUGAAGUUCUUUUGUGUAGCUUCAGGAAUUCCUUGGCUUUUUGACUGCUGGUUUUCUCAGACAACAGGUUUUCUUCAUCCAAUGCAGAUGAAAAAAACAUUACUCUUUUUUUUUUUUUUAUAUACAAUUGUAAAACUAUGCAAUUUUUCCUUAGAAAAUUGUCUCUGUGAUGAGCAGCUGUUUUUGGGAUGUGAAAUGUCACUUGAAAAGAUUGCUUUGAUGACAACAGCUCCAUCAUGAGAGUCUGGGCUUAAGCCGUCUUGCCGACUGGGUGAAAAAUAGUCGCAGGUAUCCUUGCCCUGAGGAGUUCUUUAAUAAAGCCUUUAGUCUUGCAGGCUUCCUUAAAAUACGCUCUUCUGCUGAGAGCUUGUAUGUGAUAAAAAUGAGCUGUAACUACUUAUUGUUUCCUAAAGCCUUUCUUAAUAUUUAUAUUUCAAAUAAAAAAAAAAAACGCUUCCCUUUAGAGCUGAAAUAAUUUGUAAGGAGUUUUAUGGAAAGAAAGGUGGAUAUACCAUAUGAAGAAUGUAUUUAUUAAUUUACACUUUUUCAGAGUGCCUUUUUUUCCUUUUUUAAGAAAGCUUGGAAAUUGUACAUAUUGGUUAUUUUUCUAUAAAUGCAGUAGCCAUAGAAUAAAACAGCAGAUACUUUCAUAGUAGGCUAACUUUUCUAUGCUCACUAAAAAUAAGCAUCAAAAAACUGCAUACAGUUCACAUAUUUUUCUCAGUAGGUAAUAAUUAGAUGUAAAUGAGGAGGGAGUAGAAUUGGUUCCUCAGAGUAAUCUUCUAAUGCACUAGGCAAAAGUUUCAGUGUAAUUUACUGUGUUAAUCUCUGUUAUUUUAAUUAUUAAAACCACUGGAUUAUCCACUAGUCAGGUGAAAAAAGAUACUUCAGUAAAAUCAAAAGCAUGAUUAUAAUUUUAAAAGCACUUGUUUUUGUAAAGUGAGGUUAGAAAUACUUGCCAUUAAACAUUCACAAAAAUUGUCAGUACUAAUAAUUGUUCAGCUGUUUUGACUUCUUUGUAUACAAAAUCAAAAUA